GUUUUAGUAAAUAACCCCCAUUGUGAGAAAAACAAGAAAAAAAAAUAUUCUGAACCAAUAGAUUGCAGACACAGUACAGGAGAUGACCAGAGACUGCAGACACAGUACAGGAGAUGACCAGAGACUGCGGACAUAGUACAGGAGAUGACCAGAGACUGCGGACACAGUACAGGAGAUGACAAGAGACUGCGGACGUAGUACUGGAGAUUACCAGAGACUGCGGACACAGUACAAGAGAUGGCCAGAGACUGCAGACACAGUACUGGAGAUUACCAGAGACUGCGGACACAGUACUGGAGAUGACCAGAGACUGCGG